GAAUUAUUAUUUUUUACUUUUUAAUUCAAAAAAUGGCAAUACCUUCUUCUUCUUCUACGAUCAACUGUGUACCUAAUAACGCAAAUUGUGUGUGCUUAAUUUUAUCUAAUAAAACUACGUGGUCAACUCUAAAGUCGCUGUAUUCUUUAACAUCUUCUACACCAGGCAGAGCACAACAACAUCUGUGUGCGACAUGGUCCUUCGAAGCCGGCAUUAAGAAGAGGUUUUUAAGAAGCGCCGACCAACGAGUUGCGAUUUUUCUGAGAGUGCGAUUUUACGACGUGCCGUCUAUACAGCCGUCCACCCAAAGAAAAAACCCACGAGAAAAUUAUUGUGGAGACUGCGAGUUCCAGAUUUGGUCCCUAUUUGUUCCGAAUCCAGUCUUUCAUUACGACAAGGAGCAUACCGAGAAGAAAGCAAAAUUAAUUUCAAGAAAGUCAUCCUCCAUUUUGGUUUGGUAUCAAGAAAUUAUUAUACGACCAAAUCAACGCUGCCAGCAAAUUAUUUGUCAUCUCGUUCCUACAUCUAGGUAUUCAACAGGAGCAAGUGAGAAGCUACGCAGUGGAAGUCACCUAACGUUGCAAGCGGACUUGUCUUCGCCUACGAUACCUCUCUCGCUCUAGCGAGCGAUACUUCGUUUAGGGUGAGUGAGAAGCAAGAUACGGCUACACGGUGCGACGACGGACUCCUGCGGCGUUCCACAAGGAAGAGCGAGACACAACGAGCUGUGCCAGUGCGAGUGAGCGAGACGAAAAGAGACGCUUAGUUUAUAAGUACGGUAUUUGUUUUUCAUUCAGGAACCGCCAUUUUAAUUUACUUGUUCUUAUGAGUGCGUGUUUGCUGACGAUAUUUUGAAAAAUAAUACAAUUUACAGUUAGAAUUGUCUAUAAACAAGUUUACUUAAUAGUUAAUAUAGUUGGUAACGAAAUUGUGAUACAAUGGAUGUGGAAAAGGCAAGUGAAAGUCCUCCUAAUCAGGAUUUAAAAAAGUUAGUGUCAACCAGAGGAUAUAUAAAAGAUCCGACAACCGCUCGUGCUUUCCAACUCGAGCGUGAUGCGAACGUGGAUCCUACUGUCACCAAGCUCCUCGAGUUCUUAGAGAAACAGGCGUUGGCUAUGGAGAACACGGAGCUGGCUUCAUGGAAGCCAGUCAGCCAGCAGCCAGUUACAGUCAACAUAGCGCCAGUGGAGACCAAGCAAGGAUGUCAAUACUGUAAGUGCACAGAUCAUAAAAUUUAUUCUUGUAAAACAUUUAAAACUCUGCCCUCAGCGGAGAGACUCACCUUCGUGACGAGUAAAAAAUUAUGUAAAACAUGCUUAAAUGCUCAUCCAGGCAAAUGCAGGUUCCAUUUUAAAUGUGGACAAUGUAAAUUGAAUCACAAUACUUUGAUUCACCACAAAGAGAGGCCUAUGACCGAUCCUGUCAUUAUGUUGUCUGGCAAAAAUAAUAAUGUUUUACUUCCCACAGUGCGUGUCAAGCUGAUUGCUCGAGAUAAUAGAGAGGUGCAUAUUAAAGCCAUCUUGGACUCCGCCUCUCAAGCAUCACUUGUCACCAGCAAGGUCGUGGAUAUAUUGGGUGUGGCACCUAUGCAAGACACAAACCAAAUUAUAGGUGUCACAAAUUCAAAAAGCAAUGUAAAAUACUCAGUGCCCCUAGAGAUUCACUCAUUGAAGUCACCAUAUAAAACUUCCAUCAAUUGCCAUGUAGUUGAUGAAAUCACAUGCAGGUUACCCCAAACCAGAAUUAACCCUUCCACCUUAGUCAUUCCAUCAGACAUAGAAUUAGCAGAUGAGGAGUACUACAAACCAUCAGAUAUUAACAUGCUAAUCGGUGCCAAUGUGUUUUUUCAGGUGAUUCAACCGACGUCACCGUCGGCGCAGGUCCAGCGGCAGUGCAGCGGUACCUGCGACGCGGCGGCGGCGGCGGCGGCGCAGCCACACCUGUCAACGAGUAAUCCCGGCCCCUGCGAGGCAUGCCAGCAGGACGGGGAGGCACCACGUAUUCUCAAUACUAAAUUCGGUCAUAUCAUCGCAGGCAAUAUACCUGCACAACAUGAGGUAACCAAAGUUGUUUCUCUUUUAUGCACCAAGUGUGACUCGGGCAUUAAUGACACAAUUAAAAAAUUCUGGGAGACUGAAUGUGUCCCUGAAAUCUUUAAAGAAGUUUCCUCAGAGCAUGAGAUUGUUGAAAACCACUUUCAGUCAACUGUAACAUUAGAAAACAACAAAUUUCAGGUAGACUUGCCUUUAAAAAUGCCAAUAUCUGAGGUUAAUGACACAUUGGGUGACUCAUUUGAUUUAGCACUGUAUAGGUUUUUAAACCUCGAAAAAAAAUUGCAUAAAAAUGUUAAUUUACUCACGGAGUACACAAAAUUUAUAAACGAGUAUAUAGAGCUGGGUCACGCUCAUUUUAUAAAUUUCGAUUGUUUAGAUUUUAAUAAGGAACCUAUAUAUUUUCUGCCUCACCAUGCAGUGGUCAAUGAGAGCAGCAAAACAACCCGCACGCGGGUGGUGUUUGAUGGUUCGAUGAGAACAAAGAGAAAGGUCUCCUUAAAUGAUAUUUUGCUCAAUGGACCUAUAGUACAAAGGGAUCUUUUUGAUAUUAUCUUACUAUAUCGUCUUGGUGAUUACACGUUCAACAGUGACAUAAAAAAAAUGUUUAGGAAUGUGACAUUAAAUACUGAACACACUUCUCUGCAAAAUAUUUUAUGGCGAGAACAGGCUGACCAGCCUAUCAAAUGCAUCCGCUUGGAUACUGUUACCUACGGCUUGAAGUGUUCUAGCUACCUCGCGACACGGUGUUUAAUUGAACUAGCAAACAUAUAUAAAGAUGAGUUUCCAUUAGCUUCAUUUAUAUUAAAAAAUUGCACUUAUGUUGACGAUGUUUUAUAUUCUAAUUCUGAUAUGCAUGAACUGCUUGAAGCUAAAGCACAGAUUAACAAAUUACUUAAACUGGGAGGCUUUGAACUACACAAAUGGUCGUCAAAUUGCAGUGACGUUUUGCUAGACGUUCCUAGUAAUCAGCAACAAUUAGACGAGAUAGACCUUGAAAAGGAGAAUUACAGUAUAAAGGCAUUAGGCCUAACCAUUGAUGCAAAAAACGAUUGUUUUAUAAUUAAAUCUCCUGAGACAAUAAAUGCUCCGUCCUCAACGAAAAGGGAAAUUCUGAGCCAAAUAUCAAAAUUCUAUGAUCCAUUAGGGUUUGUAAGCCCUAUCGUAGUAAAAGCUAAGGUCAUCAUGCAAAGAUUAUGGCUUGAGAAAGUCGACUGGGACGCCAAGCCACCGCAAGACGUGCAGGAUGAAUGGGUGCAGUUUGCUGACAGCUUAUCUUCUAUGGAGCCUAUACAUUUUAACAGAAAUAUCCAGGUGCCCGCCAAUGCCGAGGCAGUGCAGUUAAUUGGGUUCGCAGACGCAUCCAGCUCGACCGGCUACGGGUGUUGCAUAUAUCUGCGCGUGAUACACGCAACAGGUAAGGUUGAAUUAUCCUUACUCUGUUCCAAGUCGAGAAUUAAUCCACGCACGAAGCCCUUGACCAUUCCCCGGCUCGAGCUCAACGCCAACUUGCUUUUAGCACAAUUGAUGAUGAAAGUAUAUAAUACUUUAACAAUAAAAAUAAAAGUGGAUAAUGUAUUCUUAUUCACCGAUUCACAAGUCGCAUUGGCAUGGAUAAAUACGGAAGUUACGCGAUUGCAAGCCUACGUGUCGAACAGGGUAAGGGUAAUUCAACAAUUGACCAAUAAAUGGCGCUGGCUGUACGUGAAUACACGAGAAAACCCUGCAGAUUAUAUAAGCAGAGGGCUGAGUCCGCAUGAAAUUGCUUCCUGCUCAAUGUGGUGGCACGGGCCGGCGUUUCUGAAAGACAGGGAGUAUACAUUUAAUAAUAAUAUACAGUUGCCUGAUGACUUACCUGAAAUGAAGACCAGCUCCGUCUCCUCCAGUGACGUAGUGCUUGUAACUACACAACCGUAUAAUCUUUCUCAUAUAUUAGGAAAGUAUUCGGAUUUCAAUAAAAUGACGCGUGUCAUUGCGUAUAUGAUGAGGUUUUUGCAUAAUAGUAAACCCAAAAAUAAAAAUACUAAAAUAAAUACAAAUUAUCUGUCUAGCGUGGAGCUUCAACAAGCUAGAUUACUUAUAAUAAAACAUGAACAAAAUACGUAUUUCAAGGACGAGUUUCAGUCGUUAAAAAGCAACGAGAAUGUUAAGGGCCAUCUUAAGCCUCUGCAUCCAUUUAUCGAUGAUAAGGGUGUUGGCAACACCAACACAAUUUAAAAAUAAAAAAUAUAGUUUGUUAGUCUGACGUCACUUCCUGUUACAUUUCGUCCAUCAUCGUUGUAAGCUCCAUUGUUGCUCGCAUAAUUUACGCGAAAUAAAAGUGUUUAUUCAAGUC